AAAUUCAGCUUGUAAUGUGAUUGUGAUAGGGAAGUCGUAGUUUCGUUAAAGGUUUCUUUAAAACUUCGAAGAUUUAAUAUUGUUAAUUUGUUAUUUAUCGCGAUUUACUUAUUAGAAUAAGUUGCCGUUUAAUAACUGUUUAAUUAAUUGUCUAAAUUCACGGUUCAAGUUCGCGAGUGUAUAUUGCAAUUGGUGAAAGUUGUAUGGUUCGAUCGUGUGUAAUUCAUUAAAAAUACUUUUGUUGUAAUUUUAAACCAAUCAAGUUCCUUAUACCGAUGUUCCAGUAACCAUGUUUUGAUGCGGAAAAGCUUUCAUAGCAGAUAACGCAUUCAUGUUUGGCCUUAUUUAACAUACUCGUUUGAAGAAUAUUGAAGUAGCCCUCCGCAAUGGCGGACGUGGAUCCGGAAACAUUGCUGGAAUGGCUCAAUAUGGGCCAGGGGGAUGAACGAGAUAUGCAGCUUAUCGCCUUAGAACAGCUGUGCAUGCUGCUCUUGAUGUCCGAUAAUGUUGAUCGAUGUUUCGAAAAUUGUCCUCCUCGUUCAUUUUUACCAGCCCUGUGUCGUAUAUUUUUGGACGAAUGUGCACCGGAUAACGUUUUGGAAGUGACCGCUCGAGCGAUUACGUAUUAUUUAGACGUAUCGGCCGAAUGCACCAGACGUAUUAUAUCGAUGGAAGGUGCGGUAAAAGCGAUCUGUAAUCGUUUGGUGGUUGCCGAACUGGAUUCGAGAACGAGUCGAGAUUUAGCCGAGCAAUGUAUUAAGGUCUUAGAAUUAAUAUGCACUAGAGAAGCCGGAGCUGUAUUCGACGCCGGUGGCUUGAACUGCGUUCUGUCGUUUAUUCGUGAUAAUGGAUCGGCUAUACAUAAAGAUACAUUACACUCGGCCAUGUCGGUCGUGUCUCGUUUAUGCUCGAAAAUGGAACCGCAUGAUUCUUCUUUACCUAUUUGCGUGGAAUCAUUGUCGACGUUACUCAAGCACGAAGACGCUCAUGUAGCCGAUGGAGCUCUCAGAUGUUUCGCCUCCUUAUCCGAUAGAUUCACCAGAAGAGGAAUCGAUCCGGCUCCUCUAGCCCAGCACGGAUUAAUGAACGAGUUGUUAAUCAGGUUAUCGAAUGCCGCGGCACCUUUGCAAUCUUCAUCGACGACCGGAACUGCUAAUCAAAGUCUCAACACGAGUGGCACAGUUUUACCGGAAUCUAAAUCCUUUGGCUCGGUAUCAACGGUCAUUAGCUUACUUUCCGCUCUUUGUCGCGGUUCUCCGGCCAUUACACACGACCUACUUAGAUCCGAUUUACCAGACGCUAUUGAAAAAGCGUUGAAAGGCGAUGAACGUUGUAUGUUGGAUUGCAUGCGACUGAUGGAUUUAUUACUGGUGCUGCUAUUCGAGGGUAGAAAAGCGAUCUCUAGAGGUAUCACGAUAACGAGUUCGGUCGGUAUUACGUCGACGGCGGCCGUAGCAGCGGCUCAUGUAUUUCCUAGAUUGAGACGGAUUGAAAGUUCCGGAGAUAAAUCGUAUCGUCAGCUAAUCGAUUGUAUUCGUAGUAAAGAUUGUGAAGCUUUAAUCGAAGCCGUUGAUUCGAGCGGAAUGGAAGUGAAUUACAUGGACGACGUUGGGCAGACGUUAUUAAACUGGGCAUCUGCGUUCGGUACCCAAGAAAUGGUAGAGUUCCUGUGCGAACGAGGAGCCGAUGUUAAUAAAGGUCAAAGAUCAUCGUCUCUUCACUACGCCGCCUGUUUCGGACGCCCGCAUAUUGCUAAGGUGUUGCUCAGACACGGAGCUAAUCCUGAUUUACGCGAUGAAGAUGGUAAAACACCUCUGGAUAAGGCUAGAGAACGUAUGGAUGAUGGUCAUCGAGAAGUAGCAGCUAUUUUACAAUCUCCUGGAGAGUGGAUGUUGUCGUGUGAUAAAGAUAAGAAAUCAGAUGGCGCCGAUGCUGAAGAAUCCUUAGAACCGAAAGGAGAUCCAGAAAUGGCACCUGUCUAUCUGAAACGAAUGUUACCAGUAUUUUGUAACACUUUUCAGUCCACAAUGUUACCGUCGAUAAGGAAAUCUAGUUUGAAUUUAAUUAGAAAAAUGAUACAUUACAUUCAGGCUUCGUUGUUGACCGAAAUUUGCGUUUCGGAAUCGCCCAAUAGUAACUUAGGAACCAUGUUAGUCGAAGUGAUAGCCAAUGUAUUGGAUAACGAAAAAUCGUUAUGGUGGUGGCCACAAACUUGUAUUUCUGAGAGUAAUUUAAAGCGUAAAGCUGAACGUCUGCGAUCUAAGUAUAUUAUUCACAAAGAACCGGACGACGACGAUGGCCAAAUUAUGGUGUUGCAAAUAAUCCAAGAUUUGAUGGUGAAAAGUCAGGAUAUAUUUUUGGAUCAUUUUGCCAGACUAGGCGUAUUUAGCAAAGUACAACAAUUAACUACCUCAGGAGAUUUACAGACUGGUUUAUCUGGUGAUGAAACUAUCUCGUCUAUGGAUUUAUCUCAUCAGGAUGAUCAAGGUAAAGCGGAAGCGUACUACGAAGACGCCAAGGAGAUUUUACCUGGUCGAGCGUAUUAUUGGAAAGAUUGGUGUUUCUGUCGAGGCAGAGAUUGUCUGUAUAUUUGGUCCGAGGCAGCUGCUCUUGAAUUGUCUAACGGUAGUAACGGCUGGUUCCGGUUUGUCGUCGAUGGCAAAUUAUCUACUAUGUAUUCGAGCGGUAGCCCCGAAGGCGGAACUGAUAGUACAGAAAAUCGCGGCGAAUUUUUAGAAAAAUUACAAAAAGUCAGAAGUAUGAUUAAGCCAACUACUCAUACGCAACCUAUCCUAUCACACGCUGGCAGUACCAGAUUAGUUGUCGGAAAUUGGUCUCUGAUUUCUCGCAAAGAAGGAGAAAUUACCAUACAUAAUUCAGAUGGCCAACAAGUAACCACUUUACGCGAAGAUUUCCCUGGUUUUACAUUCGAAUCGAAUCGUGGCACGAAACACACCUUUUCAGCCGAGACAUCGAUGGGAGCGGAAUUCUCAACGUCGUGGAUACCUGGUCGAAAAACUAAACGGUUACGUUCCAAAGCGGAAGCUCUUAAACUUAAAAUUAAUACUAUGGCGACUGAAAUUUACGAUAAAUAUUUCAAAGUAGCUCAAGCUCAGCCUAGAGGAGUGGUAGCGAAACUAGGAGCCAUCGUCGCUCAAAUAGAUCGCGCUUGCCAGAAACAAUACAUGUCGAAUAACAAAGAAAAAGGCACCCAGUGGAAAGAGUUACUUCAAUCGGCCUUAAUCGAUUUGAAACAGUUAUUACACGAAGACGGCGUCGUUUCUUCGUACGAAAUUCAUAGCAGUGGCUUGGUUCAGUCGUUGUUGGCAAUGCUAUCGACUACUGUCUGGGAUCAAGGCAUCAAUCCGGCUAAACGCAGUAAAUUACAAAAGCAAAGAAUUCGAAUUUUUAGAAAUAUAUUCAGAUUUGUAUUGCAGAGCGAGCAUUUUGAUAAAGAGUGUGCGAACUCCGCAGCUAUACUAGUUCAUAAAUUGAUAUCAGUCUUAGAAUCUAUUGAAAAAUUACCCGUUUAUAUCUACGAUCCUCCUGGUUCAGGGUACGGAUUACAGACACUAACUAGAAGACUUCGUUUCCGACUUCAACGAGCAGCAGGCGAUACUUCUUUGGUAGACAGAACCGGACGUAGUCUGAAAAUGGAACCGUUGAGUACGGUAGCGCAACUCGAACGUUAUCUAUUAAAAAUGGUCGCUAAACAGUGGUACGACAAUGAUCGUUCCCAGUUCACCUUCGUUAAUAAAAUUAAAGAGCCGAAUACCAAAUUACAAUUCAGACAUCAAUACGAUUUCGACGAGAACGGAAUCAUCUAUUGGAUCGGUACAAAUGCCAAAACGUGUCCCGACUGGGUCAACCCCGCUCAAUACGGUUUAGUCAUAAUUACUACCUCGGACGGACGUAAUUUGCCGUACGGUCGUUUGGAGGAUAUUUUAAGUCGCGAUACAGCCGCGUUGAAUUGCCACACCAACGACGAUAAAAACGCCUGGUUCGCCAUUGAUCUCGGAUUAUAUGUGAUACCGACGUGUUACACUUUACGUCAUGCCAGAGGAUAUGGCCGAUCUGCCCUCAGGAAUUGGAGUUUCCAAGUUUCAAAAGACGGUACUAAUUGGGUUACGAUGUACGCUCAUAUUGACGAUACGUCUCUAAAUGAACCGGGUAGCACUGCUUCGUGGACAUUGCAACCGCCAGCCGACGAGAAGAAAGGUUGGAGACACGUGCGUAUUCAGCAGAAAGGAAAGAAUGCGUCUGGACAAACGCACUACCUGUCUUUAUCCGGUUUCGAGAUCUACGGUACCGUUACGGAAAUCUGUGAUGAUUUAGGUAAAGCUGCCAAAGAAGCGGAAGCAAAUUUAAAGAAACAAAGAAGAGCUGCAAAACAAUCUUUGAAUUUGUUAACCAUCGGUGCUCGAGUUACUAGAGGUAUCGAUUGGAAAUGGAGAGAUCAAGAUGGACCCGGCGAGGGAACAGUUACCGGAAAUUUACACAAUGGAUGGGUUGAUAUUACAUGGGAUAACGGUAGUACUAAUUCAUAUCGUAUGGGAGCCGAAGGAAAAUACGAUUUGAAGAUAUUACCAGAAUCUCUAGACGGAUCACCUGUCGCUAAUGUUCCUGUACCUAUUUCUAGACCAUUGUCGAACAAGAGCAAUAAAUUAGCCGCCACCAAAAUGGACGUUAGUAAUGCCAUCGUUAGUAUACUAAGUCGUAAAGCGAGUUCGACGCCUAGUUUACCAGACGCUACUGAAGCAAAUAGUCAUAAAGCUUUUGUCGCCAGUACUGAACAAGCAGCAUCUGCUGAUAAUUUAGCGGCCAAGCAAGCAGCUCAGGAAAUUACCGAAAGCGUUGUGAACGUGGCACGUACCGAAUUGGCGAACAUUUCGUCGAGUAACAGCGAUAAAUCGUCCGACCAGUCUGAACACUACGUCGUAAUGCAGCUCAGAGAACCCGACAUAUCGAACGCCAACAAAGAUUUGUCAACCAUUAUCGAAACUCUAGUUUCCGAAGAGACAGCUCGUAUGAAUGCUGGUAACUCGGCUAAUAACAAUCAAACUCGUCAGUUAUUCUCGAAAGAUAAUGCUAAUACUUAUGUUUUAGUGGAUACGUUGCAAAGUUCCUCGAAUUCUUCUUCGAAUAAAACAUGCUACACUAAACUUAAAAUGCGGAGUUUAUCCAGCAUUAAAGGAUUACCCGGCGAAAACGUGAUUCCGAUCGAAGCUUUCGAAAUGUACGAAAAAUGGCGCGAAAGUAACGAUUUUAUUCGUAACGCGAAUAACUACUUGACCAUGGAAGCGAAUAACCUGGUUAUACCUCAUGAUUCCAGUACUUUAGCAAAUGUUACUCCAUCUACGUCCGAAGUUACUGUCGACGGUAUACCCGAAGAGAAAGUGAACAAAAGAGUCGUAUCGCGUAAUCACGACUAUACUAUUAAACAUCGUCCUAAAAAACAGUUUACCGAUGGUGGUAUUUUGCAUUCGGCGCAGAGUUUCCCCAGUUUGAGCAAUAGCAGUACGCCGAUAACUAUUCAAAAUAGUAUUUCGACUAUUGCGUCGAAUACCGGAAGUGGUCCUAUAAACUUUAAUCAAGCUUUGGCUAUGAGCCUCACCUCGGCGUCUACAGAUAGUGAACGUGUCAGUUUAGAAGAUUUCUUGGAAAGCUGCAGAGGUCCGGCCUUACUCGCCGACUUGGAAGAUGACGAUCAGUUACCAGAUGACGAUGAGAAUGACGACGAAAACGAAGACGAAGAUGAAUACGAAGAAGUAGUCGUUGGAAGGAAUCUAUUGUCGUUCAUGCAAGAAGACGAUUCUUUCGAGACAAGAAACAUGGCUGAUACGGGUAUCGCAUCGUUGAGAAGCAGACGCAGAUGCUGGGACGAUGAAUUUGUACUUAAACGUCAAUUUUCCGCUCUGAUUCCGGCCUUCGAUCCAAGACCUGGUCGAACUAACGUUAAUCAAACUACCGAUCUCGAAAUACCUACUCCACCCGAAAAAUUCGAAGAUUUCGAACCGAUUUUCGAAGAAGAGGCCGUCUACCAGACGCCCAAGUUGAAGUUGACCUUACGAGGACCUAAUUUAUCAGGGAUACCAGAUGUUGAAGUACCAUUGACCGAUGGCAAUUGGACCAUAUUCCAAGCUGUACAAGAACUGAUGCACCGAAUCGAAUUCGGUAAUAGGUCGGAAAAAUUGAGGAAAAUUUGGGAACCGAUUUAUACCAUCAUUUACGAAGAAGCCAAAGAUACGGACGCUGAAAGAAAAGAAUUAGUAUUUUGUAAUAAGAAGAAUGCCUCGCAGACCGGUAGCGUUUCUGGCUCAUCGAGUACUCAUGGCAGUGUAACUUCUCCGAUAUCUCCUUGUCAAACAAUGAGUUGUACCGUCGAAGACGUGUUGCAUUUGUUAAGACAUCUGUUCGUGAUAUACACGAGACCGGAAAAUGAAAACAGUCUAUAUAUUGAAAAUUCGAAUAUCCUAACGACCGAAGAAUUCGCCAGCAAAAAAGUAACCAAUAAAUUACUGCAACAGAUUCAAGAUCCAUUGGUGCUCAGCUCCGGUGCAUUGCCUGCUUGGUGCGAAGAACUAAAUCAUUCUUGUCCGUUCUUAUUCCCGUUCGAAACUAGACAAUUGUACUUCAGUUGUACAGCUUUUGGACCAUCUAGAUCGAUCGUUUGGUUGCAAACACAACGCGAUGUUACGGUAGAACGACAACGUGUACCGAGUUUAUCGCCUCGUAGAGAAGAUACUCACGAAUUCAGAGUUGGCCGACUUAAACACGAACGUAUCAAAGUACCUAGGAACGAAGAACUAUUAGCUUGGGCUAGGCAAGCGAUGAAAACACACGCAGAACGAAAGAGUAUCUUAGAGGUCGAAUUUAUCGGAGAACAAGGUACCGGACUUGGUCCUACGCUGGAAUUCUACGCAUUGAUUUCUGCCGAACUACAAAGACGCGAUCUUGGUAUUUGGUUAUGUGACGAUGACGAAACACUCGAUACAAGUGCCAGAUUCCCGAUCGAUUUAGGAGAAGGAUUAAAACCGCCCGGAUAUUACGUGCGAAGACCGUCUGGAUUGUUCCCGGCUCCUUUGCCGCAAGAUUCGGUUCAAUGUGAUAACGCUGUCAAGCAUUUCUGGUUCCUCGGUAUUUUCCUGGCGAAAGUCUUACAAGAUAAUAGACUGGUCGAUUUACCAUUAUCGUUGCCUUUCUUGAAACUGCUCUGUCAAGGAGAAAUACAUACUAAUAUACACGAAAAAAUCGGGUUACCCUUAUUCCGGAAGAACGCUGACGAUGACGUAAUGGUAUCGUCAUUCAUUUCGGAAGAAAGUGAGAAGGAAUUGGAACUGUAUGCGGAAGAUUUGCCCAAAUCAACUGAGGAUAAAAUAUGGUUCUCUGGUAUUUUAACGGAGAAAGAUUUAGAAGAAAUUGACCCUAUACGUAGUAAAUUCUUAAUAGAACUCAAAGAAUUGGCGUCUCGUAAAUCAAAAAUUGCGUACGACAAUACUCUCUCGUUGGAGGCGAAAUCGUGUCAAAUAAAGAAUCUUUCAUUGAAUGAUUCGACGACUGAACCGGCUGUGCGUCUCGAAGAUCUCGCUAUGACUUUUAGCUAUUUACCCUCUUCUCGUGUGUUUGGCUUUACUUCCGUUGAUUUGGUAAAGAACGGAGUGGAUAUUGAUGUUACUAUGGAUAAUGUAGACGAGUACAUAGAUCUCAGUUAUAAAUUCUUCUUGGAGACCGGAAUCAGAAGGCAAAUGGAAGCGUUAAGAGAUGGCUUCUGCAGAGUAUUUUCGAUGAGUAAGCUGAGUGCAUUUACCCCGAAUGAGAUACGUUUGAUGUUAUGUGGAGACCAGAAUCCUCAUUGGACUAGAGAAGAUUUACUCAACUAUACCGAUCCAAAACUUGGCUAUACCAAAGAAAGCCCCGGAUUCCAAAGAUUCGUCAACGUAUUGGUAGAUAUGUCUGCGGAGGAACGUAAAUCGUUCUUGCAAUUCACAACCGGAUGUUCUUCAUUGCCGCCUGGUGGACUGGCUAAUCUGUAUCCUAGACUUACCGUAGUGCGUAAAGUGGACGCCGGAGAAGGUAGCUAUCCGUCGGUGAACACUUGCGUACAUUAUCUGAAAUUGCCCGAUUAUCCGACCGAAGAAAUAUUAAGAGAACGGUUAUUGACCGCAACCAGGGAAAAAGGCUUCCAUCUCAAUUAAUCGUUUUAAAAUCAUUUUACACUUAUUCUAGUUCACUUUUAUCUUCCUUAAGUUAAUUUAGUUUCGUUGUUUUUUUUCCUUUAUUAUUACAAUGGUUUUUCUUUUCUUGUUUUUAUGUGUAAUUGUUUCCUUUUCCGAUAUAAUCUGGUAUAGCGAAUGAAAUAAGUAUAUUAUGUCGAUUGUAAAAAAGAAAUAUGAUUUUUAAAAAAGUACCUAAGCAGAUUGUAAAAUAUUAAACAUAAUUUUGACGUGUAACAGUGUGUCGUUUUUACAAAAUAUUUUAUUCUAGCAAUUAUUAUGUUGUUUUUUUUUUUUUUUGAUCAAAUUCAAAAGAGUAUUGAAAGAAGUUGAAUUAAUGGUAAUUAUUUUUUAAGCUAUUCUCGUUGGAAAAUGACCGUUAAUUUUGACGAUUUACCGAAUAGUAUAAAAAAAUGAGGUUUUAUUUAUCCAUAUAUUUUUUUUUCGGUUUCGUAUUUGAUAUUGUUCGUUUAUCGAGUUUACCAGAACAUUGUGUAUAAAUUUUUUUUGAAGAUUUUUUUUCUUUUUCAUUUUGCCGAUUACUAGUUUUCACCAUUGACGUUAAUUUCCGCUAUUUUUUGUCUGGAAAGUUCGAAUAAUUGAAGGAAAAAGUUGUAAUAAGUUCGCUAUUUUCGAAAUGAUUCAACUACUGAUUUUAUUUAGUUGCUACCUCCAUUUAUUAAUAUUACGGUAGCAAUUUCGAUGUGAUAUUUUUAUUUUAUGAUUUUUAUCAGUUUGUAUGUUAAGUAACUCGCUUUUGUCAUUUUUUCGUUUUUUUUUCAAGUAGUCGCAAAGCGAAUACAUUUUAAAGUAAGAUUCACAUUUAGUAUAUUGAUGUAUUCUGUAAGCAAUUAUUAUAAUAAACGUUGGUCUAUGAAUUAA